UGAAGUGGGGAAAGCGAGGAAGGAAAGGGAACCUGGGCAGGGGAAGCCGGGGAAGAAAGUGAGAGCCGGGAUCGCAGUGACGGCGAGCGGGGAAGCGGGAACCCAGGCAGAGGAGGGGACCUGGAGCCGGGGCCGCCGAUGGAGGAACAGAGAUCGGGACCCGGGAGCGCCAACGAGGGAAUCGGGGGUCCAGCCGCUGGGCACCGAGGAGGGAGCUGGAAGCCCCUAGCUGGCAUGAGCUUGGCCGAGGCAGGAAUUUUGCACGCCUCCCCCACUAGAAAGCCCAGCUCUGGGGAGCGCGGCCUGGCACACGGCGUGUUUAGUUUGCGAGCUUUUGUACCUGUCCUUGGGUGUAUUUGGGCGUGUUCCGCCAGGUGAACGUUUUGAAACUGUUUAAGAAAGUGAUGUGGUCUCUGCGUGCGUCGGGGUGGUCGAUUUGUGUUGGAGCUGUGCGACUUUAGUGAGUGGUCAUUGCUUACUUUGUGUGAGAGUGUGUUUUGGGCUCAGAGGUCCUUCGUAACGCGUGCCUGUGUGAGGGACGGUGCUGUAGCUGCAUUUGUCUGCCCUUUCAAGUAAUGUGUGUGCAUGAUCCACUUACUCUCAGUGCUCUUCAUUGUGUGACUGAGACUUGAGAGCCGGGGAAACUGACUAGCUAGUGUUGUCUAGAUGAUCAAAUACUGACCAUUGUGUGUCUGUACAACUUGGCAGUUGGACAAAAUUAAUAAGAUAUUUUUUAAAUAGAGAGAAGAGGUGGACCAAAUAAUGUCCAGAAAAUACGUGGGAACCCCAUAAUUACAUGAUGACCAAUAUAUUGAAAUGACUAGAACCCCCUUGAGAGCACACAAACUUUCUCCCGUAACUGCCACUCUCAAACUUUCUAUUUGAAUCUUUUUUUUUUCCUUCUACUGGAUGAAUUCCUGGACAGUCAAUAAUUUCUUCAGUCAUUCUUAAGAUGCUAGACUUGUUAAACACAAAAUCAGUCUCCUAAUAGUCAUUUAGAGAAAUGUUCACUGUAGAGAGCAAUACAAACUUGUUUAAAAACCAAAAACUCUCCUUCCUCUGGAAGCCUGUACUGUAAAAGACAACAUGAUCAGUUUCUUCUCUAUUCUUCAACUUGAGUUUCAUCUUUUUGUUCCCUGUAGGUGAGUAGUGUCCAGACGGAAUGGAUUGGGAGUUGGAAAAGGGAAGCAGUUUGGUACUCUUAUAAUUCAGUGUCAGUCAUCUCUUCUGAGAGAAGCCGCUCCUGGGAACUUGCAUACACUUCCCUUCUCGUUGACAUAGUCAUAUCUGCAGCUGCCUCCUCAAGGCUCCUGGGGACAUGCAGAGACUUCCCUGCUCUUGGAGCUGCCCUUGUCUAAAGAGGGCCCAGGAGAAAGACUAGUCGCCUUUUGCGGAUCUGAAAACCAUGGCUCAGGGAUCCGUGUCCUUCAAGGAUGUGACUGUGGAUUUCACUCAGGAGGAGUGGCAGCAUCUAGACCCCGCUCAGAAGACUCUCUACAUGGAUGUGAUGUUGGAAAACUAUUACCACCUCAUUUCAGUGGGGUGUCACAUGACUAAGCCUGAUGUGAUCCUCAAGCUGGAGCGAGGAGAAGAGCCAUGGACGUCACUUACAAGUCAUACCUGCUUAGAAGAAACUUGGAAAGCUGAAGACUUUCUAGUGAAAUUCAAGGGACACCAUGAUAAGUAUUCCAGACCAGUUGUAUGCAUCAACCACAAAAAAAUGAUUAAAGAGAAUAGCAAUGCAUAUGAAAAAGCAUUUACUUUAGACAAAAAUCCCACUAAUUCAAAAAAUCUCCCUCCUGAAUAUGACACUCACGGAAAGAUUUUUAAAAAUGUUUCAGAACUGAUCAUCAAUAAUCUAAGUCCUACAAGGAAGAGACUCAGUGAGUAUAAUGGAUUCACUAAGCAAGAGGCAGCUCACUCAGGACUCAAAUCCCACAGUCAACAUGGCAGGACUUUCAGUCAGAAUGAGCUGCUUAUACAGUAUCACAAGAUGGAGACUACAGCACAGUCGUUUGGAUAUAACGACUGUGAGAAAGCCUUCCUGAAAAAAGGGGACUUAAUUACACAUGCAAGAACUUACAGAAGGGAAAACCCAUCUGAAUAUAAUAGAAGGAGAAGAGCAGCCAAUGUUGAAAAAAAACAUACAUGCCCAGAAUGUGGGAAAUCCUUCUGCAGAAAGUCAGUGUUGAUUCUUCAUCAAGGAAUUCAUACUGAGGAAAAACCCUAUCAGUGUCAUCAGUGUGGAAAUGCAUUUCGAAGGAAGUCUUACCUCAUCGACCAUCAAAGAACGCAUACAGGAGAGAAACCUUUUGUUUGUAGUGAGUGUGGGAAGUCCUUCCGCCUAAAGACUGCCCUCACUGAUCACCAGAGAACACAUACAGGGGAGAAAUCCUAUGAGUGUCCACAGUGUAGGAAUGCCUUCAGGUUGAAGUCACACCUUAUUCGUCAUCAAAGAACACACACAGGAGAGAAACCAUAUGAGUGUAAUGACUGUGGGAAGUCCUUCCGCCAAAAGACCACACUCUCUCUCCAUCAGAGAAUCCAUACGGGAGAGAAACCCUAUGUUUGUAAAGAAUGUGGGAAGUCCUUUCACCAGAAGGCAAACCUUACUGUACAUCAAAGAACUCAUACGGGGGAAAAGCCCUAUAUUUGUAAUGAAUGUGGGAAGUCUUUCUCCCAGAAGACAACCCUGGCUCUCCAUGAGAAAACUCAUAAUGAGGAGAAGCCCUAUAUUUGUAAUGAAUGUGGCAAGUCUUUCCGCCAGAAGACAACCCUUGUAGCACAUCAAAGAACACAUACUGGGGAAAAAUCCUACGAAUGUCCUCACUGUGGGAAGGCCUUUCGAAUGAAGUCAUACCUCAUCGAUCAUCACAGAACUCAUACAGGAGAGAAACCCUAUGAAUGUAAUGAAUGUGGCAAGUCCUUCAGUCAGAAGACAAACCUCAAUUUGCAUCAAAGAAUUCACACAGGGGAGAAACCGUAUAUUUGUAAUGAAUGUGGGAAGUCCUUUCGCCAGAAGGCAACACUGACUGUCCAUCAGAAAAUACAUACAGGGCAGAAAUCCUAUGAGUGCCCUCAGUGUGGCAAAGCCUUUAGCAGGAAGUCAUACCUCAUUCACCAUCAAAGGACUCACACAGGGGAGAAACCAUAUAAAUGCAAUGAAUGUGGGAAGUGCUUUCGCCAGAAGACGAAUCUCAUUGUACAUCAGAGAACUCACACAGGGGAGAAGCCCUAUAUUUGUAAUGAAUGUGGCAAGUCGUUUAGUUACAAGAGAAAUCUCAUUGUUCAUCAGAGGUCACACAAGGGAGAAAAUAUAGAAAUGCAUUAAAAGUAAUUUCUUUGUGAAGAAACUUUCCAAGUUAUUAUAAACACGUCACUAAAAGAGAAAGCAUGCUUUAACAUGUUAAUACAGUAACUUUAACCACAAAUGUUAACAACUGUUAAUUUAAUGUACCCUACCACGUGACUGUCUACUUUUUACUAGCUUACAAAAAUGGGUAUGAUCACUGAUAUUGAACAAUUAUCAUCAGUUAAGCUAAUUUAUAAGUUUUCAAGUGCUUCUGCUGUUUUUAAAAUUAUAUAAUACAGGCAUAUUCAAGAUAUAAAAUGGCUGUAAUGACCAGCCUCCAUCAGAGAAAGAAAACAUGAACUAUAAUUCUUACCGCACUCUGUGAAAUAAAAAGUAGUUAGUUGUUAUUUCCCCCCAAAACUACCCCUUCACUGGCUUUUAACAUCAAGAAGUAGGUUUUGCAUGUUUCUAAACUUUAUAUUUUCUCAUAAUCAUGAAUCUUUUUGUCUUUCAGCAUUUUAAGAUUCAUACAUUAUUGCAUGUGGCAGUAGUGUAUUCAUUUUCUUUCUGUAUAC